GCGCUCCUGGGUCACAGCACAGCUUUUCUACCGCAGGUCCUCCAAAGAAGAAGAAGAACUUUAACGCGACGUAAAAGUGAAAGAAGAAGAACAGCGUCGUGUGUUAGCUAUAAUGACAAGUUGCUAACAGUUACUGAUAGCCGACAAAGCAUAAAUGUGAAGAGAGAAAAAAGCUGCGGGAAAAGUCCGACAGCGCUGCGGAAGGUCAUGCAGCGACCCGGGAGGGAAUGAGCCGUAAAGCCCCGGGGGUUCGGCUCAGCGGCGCCCACAAACUGCGGCCACACUGGAACCACUGGCAGCCCAGGUUGGUUGGUUCGCCUCUCCGGGGCCUGGCUGUCUUUCUGUCCCGGCUAGCGGCAGUGUGGGAACCACACUCCUCCACCUUCUCCGCUCCACCUGUUUAUCCUCCCCGUAUUUACCGCGUUUUAUUUCAGGCUCCUCGGAGCGGCAGCGGGUUAGCUCCAGCCUCCGCCACGGUGAGCCCAGCUCGGGGCUACCGCCGCCCGCAGCGGGUUGGGACCGACGGCUGUUACCGGGUCAAGGCCGAGGUUCCUGGAAGCCCAGCAACCUUCGCUGCUGCCUGUUAUUUCAGGAAUAUCUGCUCUGUUAGAGCUAAACCACCACGAUCCUCAUUGGAUAACAGUGGAGAGCAGGAGCCACGCACAGACAGAGGGAUGACUCACUCUGAGGAGUCUCGACUGGCCAACCUCCUGCGCAGGGUCUCCAGGGAGGACGAUCGUGACCGGAGGCUGGUCACCCUAAAACAGCUGAAGGAGUUUAUCAGCCAUGGAGAGAGCAAAGUGACCAUGGUCAAACAGCUGGACAACAUCCUCAGCACCCUGAACGACAUCAUGAACGAGAGCAGUAAGCUGCUGUGGGAGUUGCGUCAGGAAGCUGCAGCCUGCGUAGGUCUCCUCUGCACCGUGCUCAGCUAUGAGGCGGAGCGCAUCUUCAAGUGGCUUUUCCUCAAGUUUAACUCCAGCAGUCGGGAUGAGGUGAAGCUGCUGUACCUGGUGGCGGCGCAGCGCACUCUGGAGGCCGCCGGGGAGAGGAAGGCCUUCUCUCAUAUCAUGCAGCUGGUGAUGAACAACCUGCAGUCCAUCCUGGAGAACGUGGACACCCCAGAGCUGCUGUGUCAGAGCGUCAGGUGCAUCCUCCAGGUAGCCCGCUGCUACCCACACGUCUUCAGCACCAACUUCAGGGACACGGUGGACAUCUUGGUGGGCUGGCACAUUGACCACACCCAGAGACAGUCUCUCACCCAGCAGGUCUCAGGUUGGUUACAGAGCCUGGAGCAGUUCUGGGUGGCAGACCUGACCUUCUCCACCACCCUCCUGGGCCAGUUCCUGGAGGACAUGGAGGCCUACGCUGAGGAUCUGAAUCACGUGACGUCAGGCGACGUCCCGGAUGACGACAUCCCUCCGCCGUCAGUAUCCCUGCCCAAGCUGGCGGCUCUGCUGAGGGUUUUCAGCACCGUGGUGCGCAGCAUCGGCGAGCGCUUCAGCCCAGUGAGGGGACCGCCCAUCACCGAAGCCUACGUCACAGACGUUCUGAACCGGGUCCUGGGCUGCGUGACGGCAGCCAAGCAGGUCCAGUUCUCAGAGGCCGUCCUCACGGCAGGGAACGAGUGUGUGGGGGUGCUGCUGGCCAGCGUGGAGCCCACGGGUUCGCUCAUGGAGGCCAUCUUGGUUUACGGCCUGGACCAGCUGGACUGCUGCGUGGCCUGUGGUUCCGAUUACAGCCUGGCUGUGCUCAGCCUGCUCACUCUGAUUGUGGAUCAGGUGAACACCAAGCUUCCCGUCUCGUUUGUGGAGAAGCUCCUGGUUCCAGGCUCUCAGCUUCUGAAUCUACGUUUCCAUCCAGAGAAGGAGGUGAUGGCCGCUGUCCAUGGCGUUUACCAGGCGCUGCUGAGCCUCAAGAACAUCCCCACGCUGGAGGCGGCGUACAAACUGGUGCUGGGGGAGAUGGCCUGCGCUCUGCGCAGCCUGAUGGAGAGCCUGGUUCCGUCGGACCGGGACGCCGGCCCCUGCAGCCCGUGCUCCACCAUCCAGCACCCCGCCUUCGCCUCCCUCAGCCUGCCUGUGGAGAAGGCUCAGUUCACCGUCAUCUUCAACCUCAGCACCCUCACCACCAUCGGGAACACCAAGAACUCGCUGAUAGGGAUGUGGGCGUUGUCUCCAACAGUCUUCACUCUGCUGAGCCAGAACCUGCUUCUGGUCCACUCUGAGCUGGCUGUGUUCUACCCCGCCAUCCAGUACGCGGUGCUCUACUCGCUGUAUUCACACUGCACCAGACACGAUCAUUUCAUCUCCUCCAGCUUGUCGUCGUCAUCGCCGUCUCUGUUUGACGGGGCCGUCAUCAGCACGGUGACCACGGCCACCAAGAAGCACUUCGCCACAGUGCUGGGCCUGCUGGGUAAUCUGCUUUCCAAGGAGCACCUUUAUCCGGAUGCCAGGAAGCUCCUGCUGACCUGGGCUCAGGAAAUCUCCCUGCUGAUGGUGAAGUCGGACACCUACAGCCCGCUCUUCUCCCUGCCGUCGUUCAGCAGGUUCUGCAGAGGUCUGCUGGAUAACGCUCUCCAUGAAGAUCACAGCAUCUGCCUUCAGACGUGCCACAGCCUGCAGGUCCUCUCCCCCUCUCUGUCUACGGAGCUGCUGCAGAGGUGCGUGGACGUCUGCAGGGUCCAGCUGGUUCACUCAGCGGUCAGAGUGAGGCAGGCCUUCGCCAAGCUGCUGCGGACGGUUCCUCUGGACGUGGCUCUCAGUAACCGCAGCCACGCCCAGGUCAGGGAGAUCUCUCAGGCCAUCCGCCACCACAUGAGCCGCUCGCCCAGCAGCACCUUCCACCCCCAGGACUUCAGCGACCUCAUCAGCUUCAUCCUGUAUGGAGUCCUGCAUCGUGGAGGGAAGGAGCCGUGGCUGGAGCGUCUGUACCACAGCUGCCAGCGGCUGGACAAGCGGGAGCGGCGUGGGAGCGCGGACGGCGGCCGGCCGGACGCCGUGCCCAGGGCGCUGCUGAAAACCGAGGCGGUUCUGUGGCAGUGGGCGGUCUGGGAGGCGGCGCAGUUCACCGUGCUGUCCAAGCUCCGCACGCCUCUGGGUCGGGCCCAGGACACCUUCCAGACCAUCGAAGGGAUGAUCCGAAGCCUGGCGGCACACAGCCUGAACCCCGAACAGGACCUGGGAGCGUGGGCCGGUCCUGGAGGGGACGGCGACGGACACCACUCCAACCAGCUCCGCCUCACCCUGCUGCUGCAGUACCUGGAGAACCUGGAGAAGUUGAUGUACAACGCCUACGAAGGCUGCGCCAACGCGCUCACCGCGCCGCCAAAGGCCAUAAAGACCUUCUUCUACACCAACCGGCAGACCUGCCAGGACUGGCUGACCCGGAUCCGCCUGGCCUUGAUGAGGGUCGGGCUUCUGUCGGGCCAGCCCGCCGUGACGGUUCGCCACGGCUUCGACCUGCUCACCGAGUUCAAGAACGGCGGCGCUCAGGCCGCGGAGCUGGAGGUUCCCCUGGCGCUGCUGGUGGAGGCUCUGUGUGAGCUGCGCUGUCCAGAGGCCAUCCAGGGCCUGGCCGCCUGGAGCCUCCUGACCUGUGGGAAGAGUCUGGGCUGGGUGUCCUCGGUGGCCCUGCAGGCGGAGGGACGCUUUGAGAAAGCGGCGCUGGAGUAUCAGGACCAGCUCUCUGCUGUGACCGGGUCGGACUGCAGCAUCAGAAGCUCUGAAGGAGGCCUGCUGAAGCUCAGCAGCAGCCCCAAACACGCCGCCGAUGGUGACGUCAGGAAGACGGUGCUGCUGAAGUCGACUGAAUGCUCCCCUGAGGUGAUUAACUUCCUGGCCAACAAGGCGUGCCAGUGCUACGUGUCUCUGUGUGACUGGGCGGCGGUGAAGGAGUGGCAGGCCACCGCCAGCACCCUCAAACAGAACUCCGUCAGCGUCGGCCUGCGGACCGACUUCAACUACAUCCAGGCUCUGAGCCGCUUUGAGGAGGGAGACCUGUCCGAGUGCGGGGCUCAGCUGGAGCUGCUGCCUGGGGAGGACUACAGCGCUCCGGGGGGCAACAAAGACAAGCUGGAUCUGAAGCGGCUCCUGCCCUCCAUGAGUCCUGAUCCGGCGGAGCUGCAGAGAGCCAUCGAGGUGCAGCUGCUCCGCAGCGCCGUAAGCGCCAUGGCUAAAAGCGGCCAGCAGCAGGAGCAGAGGAGCGCUACAUCCAGCCCAGAUACUUUGGUGCGAUGCUUGAAGCAGACAGGAAGGAUCUGCUUGGGUCCUCUUCGCCUGUCCACCCUCACCCUCUGUGACGCCCUGCCCACCCUGUCCACCCUGCAGCUGCACUGCACCAGCGCCCUGGAGAACGCCCUCACAGGCCAAGAAGAUUGUCUGAUUCCUCUCAGCAGCGAAGCCUUGAACUCCUGCAAACAGCAAGAUGUGCAGCUUUUCCUCCAAGCUCUGCGCUACUCCACAUUCCAGAGACAGCUGCUCCAAAACCUGAAGAAAGGUCCCUCCUCCGCCGUAGACGGCCAUCUUCUGGAGCUCUGUCUAACCGCCGUCAAGUUUGCCCGUAAGAAAGGCAACAUUGCUCUAGCAUCUCGGCUCCUCAGCCAGUGCAGCGACGGGACGCAGGAGGAGAAGAACGAGGAUGUGUGUCAGGCCUUCAAGCGCCUCUCUCUGGGGGGGACAGUGGGGGAGAAAUGGGGAGCAGAGGUUCAGAUGGAGAAGGCCAAAGUUCUGCGAACGGCUGGCCAGUCGGUGGUUGCCAUGGAGAUGCUGAGCAGUGCGGCCCUGUCCUACUGCCAGCUGGGGAAGAACGAAGGAGCGGCCUGCCGCUCUCUGCUGACUCUCUGCAAAUGGCUGCUGGCCGACUGGAAGGACAUGACUCCUCAGCUGAAACAGGUGGUGAAGAAGUCCGGAGCUGUAAACUCUUCCGCUGCGGUCAACAUGUCCCCUCUGAGCCAGAACAUCAGCCAGCUGCUGGAGCUUCCUCUGGAAGACCAGAGCGUCCCCCACAUCACCGUGGUCACCUCCGUCAACGUAGGAGUGGGGGAGGCAGACUUCGUGCUGGGCCAGCUCUACCAGCUGUCCACCAGCCUGGCUCCAGAGAUGGCCAAGUCCUGGGCAGCUCUGGCCAGCUGGGCCUACCGCUGGGGCAGGAAGGUGGUGGAUAACGCCAGUCAGGGGGAGGGUCUGCCGCUGCUUCCAGAGGAAAAGAAGGACAUAGAGGACCUGCUGCCAGCGAGCACCAGUGAAGAAGACAAAGAAACCAUUUUCAGCAUCCUGGGACAGGCCAUGUGUCGACCCACUGGGAUUCAGGACGAGGACAUGGCUCUGCAGCAGGAGGAUGACGAGGACGACAUGGUGGACGUGAUCUGGCGGCAGCUCACCGCCUCGUGCCCCUGGCUCGGAGAUGCAGGCCAGCACGUCACAGACGGACUGAUUGGGGUCUGGAGGAGGGUGGUGGACCGGAUCUUCGGGCUGUACCGUGUCUCCUGCCACGCCUAUUUCACCUUCCUCAAGCUGAAUGCAGGACAGGUUCAUGUUGACGAGAACGACCCAAAGCUGCUGCUGUCCUGCCAGGGAGGCAAACAGAGCAACGACGAUGUCAUCGUGAUGGCGACGCUGCGUCUCCUCCGGCUGCUGGUAAAGCACGCUGGAGAGCUGAGGGAGGGGCUGGAGCUGGGCUUGGCCUCCACCCCCACCGCCCCCUGGAGGCGCAUCAUCCCUCAGCUGUUCUCGCGUCUCAACCAUCCGGAGGCCUACAUCAGACAGAGCAUCUGCAGCCUGCUGUGCCGGGUGGCCCAGGACUCCCCCCACCUAAUCCUCUACCCGGCCAUCGUGGGGUCCCUGUCCUUAGGAGGGGAGGCUCAGAGCGCAGGGACCAAGAUGCCGCCGUCCCUGCCGGCCUUCCUCGGGAGCAUGCAGGGGGAGGAGGAUGACGACGAGGAGGAGGAGGAGGAGCUCCAAAACGCAGAAGUGGGAGGAGCUGCAGAAGAGAUGGCGACCUGUUCCAGCCAGGACCAGGCCAUGAUGCAGGACUGUUACAGCAAGAUAGUGGAGAAGCUGUCCCUUGCCAACCCGACCAUGGUGCUGCAGGUCCAGCAGCUGGUGGGCGAGCUGCGCCGUGUGACUCUGCUGUGGGACGAGCUGUGGCUCGGCGUGCUGCAGCAGCAGCACAUGUUGGUCCUGAGGAGGAUCCAGCAGCUGGAGGACGAGGUCAAGAGGGUGCAGAACAACAACACGCUUCGCAGGGACGAGAAGGUCGCUAUCAUGCGUGAGAAGCACUCUGCCCUGAUGCGGCCUGUGGUCUUUGCUCUGGACCACGUCUGCAGCAUCACCACGGCUCCGGCGGAGACGCCACACGAGACCUGGUUCCAGCAGACCUACGGCGACGCCAUCAAGUCGGCCCUGGAGCGCCUGAAGAACCCGGCCAAUCCUGCCAACCCCGCCAGCAGCUGGCUGCCUUUCAAGCAGAUCAUGAUGAGUCUGCAGCAACGCGCUCAGAAGCGAGCCAGCUACCUGCUACAUCUGGAUGAAAUCAGUCCUCGACUGGUCUCCAUGACGACCACGGAGAUGGCCCUGCCCGGUGAGGCGUCUGCCUCAGACGCCGUCACCAUCCAGAGCGUUGGAAACACCGUCACCAUCCUGCCCACCAAGACCAAACCCAAGAAGCUCUACUUCCUGGGCUCAGACGGCCACAGCUACCCGUACCUCUUCAAAGGUCUGGAGGAUCUGCAUCUGGAUGAGCGCAUCAUGCAGUUCCUGUCCAUCGUCAACACCAUGUUCACCAAGAUCAACCAGCAGGAGCAGCCGCGUUUCCACGCUCGCCACUACUCCGUCACCCCCCUGGGAACCCGAUCCGGACUGAUCCAGUGGGUGGACGGCGCCACUCCACUCUUUGGACUCUACAAGCGCUGGCAGCAGAGGGAGGCGGUGCUGCAGGCUCAGAAGGCCCAGGACUCGUUCCCCCAGCCGCAGCCUGUCCCCCCGGUGCCGCGGCCCAGCGAGCUCUACUACAGCCGCAUCGGGCCGGCUCUGAAGGCCGUGGGCCUGAGUCUGGAGGUCAGCCGUCGGGACUGGCCCCUCAGUGUGAUGAAGGAGGUGCUGAAGGAGCUGAUGGAAGCCACGCCCUCCAACCUGCUGGCUAAGGAGCUCUGGUGUUCCUGCACCACACCCAGCGAGUGGUGGCGAGUCACCCAGUCGUACGCCAGAUCCACGGCCGUCAUGUCCAUGGUGGGCUACAUCAUCGGCCUGGGCGACCGUCACCUGGACAACGUGCUGAUCGACAUGACCACCGGGGAGGUGGUCCACAUCGACUACAACGUGUGCUUCGAAAAAGGGAAGAGCCUGCGGGUGCCGGAGAAGGUUCCCUUCAGGAUGACCCACAACAUAGAGAGCGCCCUGGGAGCCACGGGGGUGGAGGGGAUCUUCAGGCUGUCCUGUGAACAGGUGGUCCAGAUCAUGCGUCGGGGCAGAGAGACCCUCCUAACCCUGUUGGAGGCCUUCGUCUAUGAUCCUCUGGUGGACUGGACCGCCGGCGGGGAGGUGGGCUUCGCCGGCGCCGUGUAUGGAGGUGGCGGCCAGCAGGCCGACAACAAGAAAAGCAAGAGGGAGAUGGAGAGGGACAUUACUCGCUCGCUGUUUUCCUCCAGGGUGGCUGAGAUCAAGGUGAACUGGUUCAAGAACCGAGACGAGAUGCUGGCGGUCCUUCCGCAGGUGGAGGAGGCCGUGGACGAGUACCUGCUCCUCCAGGACCUGCUGUGCCAGGGAGAGAAGCUCCAGGCCAAGCUGCAGGAGGAGAUGGACUUCCUGGAGGGAGCAGAGAACCGUCCAGACCACAUGAUCCUGACCCUGGAGCAAAGGUACUCUGAACACACCCAGCUGCAGUCACAGCAGAGGACCGUGCAGGAGGCCAUCCAGGCCAAGCUGGCUGACCUGGAGCAGUGGAUCUCCCAGUACCACGCAGCCUUUUCCAGCCUGGAGGCCACACAGCUGGCCAGCCUGCUGCAGGACAUCAGCAGCCCCAUAGACCUGGGUCCUCCCAGCUAUGUUCCAGCUACUGCCUUCCUGCAGAACGCAGGCCAGGCCCACCUCAUCAGCCAGUGCGAGAGCCUGGAGGCGGAGCUAAGCUCCCUGCUGCAGCAGCGCCGCGCCGCCCUGAGGAGCUGCCUGGAACAGCUGCACAGCUACGCCACCGUGGCUCUGCUGUACCCACGCACCACGCUGCUGUUCCACAGAGUCCACCAGUGGAAGGCCUGGUUGGAGGAGCUCCUGAGAGACAUGACCGCCGAGCGCUGCCAGCACAUCUACAGGCAGUACGAAGUGCUGUUUGCCCCUCAGCCUCCUGCAGCGUCCUGCCAGUUCCUGUCCAGCAUGGAGUUAGCGCUGCAGCGCCAAGUGGCAGAGGCCAACGAGCGCACGCUGCUCCAGGCGGAGCGGCUGAAGGCUGAGGGCGCCACGGUUGCAGCCUGCGAGGACCAGCUGCAGGAGAUAGAAAACUGCAUCGCAGUCUUCCUGCGGGAGAACGCAGAGCCGGGAUCGCUGAGCCUGGCGGCCGUCAUCACCUCCGCCCUGUGCACCCUCUGCAGGCGUAACCUGGUGAUGGAGGGUGCCGCAGCCAGCGCCGGGGAUCAGCUGGUGGACCUGACGUCUCGGGACGGGGCUUGGUUCUUGGAGGAGUUAUGCAGCAUGCUGGGGAACGUCUGCGGCCUGAUGACGCUCCUGCAGCGCUGCCCGCUGCUGCCUCACGACCUGGAGCUGCCGGCGCCGGCUCUCACCACCCAGGCCGUGUACCUGGCCAACGCCGUCUACACCUGCCUGCAGGAGCUGAACACCAACUUCAGGCAGAUAAUUUUCCCAGAGGCUCUGCGGUGCAUGAUGAAAGGAGAGCCCACCCUGGAGACCAUGCUGGCGGAGCUGGAGCAGCUGGUGGAGCAGAGCUCCGACGGGCUCAGCCUGCAGGGCCUGGCCGACAGCCUGCAGGCCACCACCGGUUUGGACCACGAAGGCCACAGCCACCUGCUACACAUCACCAGGAUGCUGCGGGCCCAGUACUCAGAGCUGAUCCAGCCUCACAGCAUGGACGGCCAGGAGACGCCCAAGAUGUCCGCCGGUCAGAUGCUGCUGGUUGCCUUCGAUGGCAUGUUCACCCAGCUGGAGGCUGCCUUUGGACAGCUCACCGAGAAGCUGAGCUCUCUGGAGGUGCCGCCGUCCUGGAGGAAGGUGGAUGUUCUGAGGGAGGCCAGGGCAGCACAGCUCCACUUCUUUGACAGCCCAACUCAGCGGCAGCUCAUGGAUGAGGUGUUUUUCCUGAAGAGGCUGCAGACCAUCAGAGACUUCUUCCUCCUCUGCUCAUCGUUUGCUCAAACUCUGUCCGGUACCUGCCCUCCAGCUGAAGACCUGAUCUCUACCAAUGGACCCGUAGCUUUGGGGAAGCCUCUGUACCGGCGGCCCAGCAGCACGGGGUCAGGCGUGGUCAGCGAGGAGCAGAUGACUCGGCCCAUCAAGGCCUUCACGGCGGAGUUUGUCCGCCAGAUGCUGAUGGGCCUGCCCAGCCAGGCCAUGGGUCUGGCCCUCUGCAGCACCCUGUCAGCUCUGGGUCUGGAUGUCGUAGCUCAGGUGGAGGCCAAGGACUUUGGGGCAGAAAUCAAGGUUUCUCUGGAGGAGCUUUGCAAGAAGGCGGUGGAGCAGACUCUGGCCUCCGGCCGAGUCUCCCAGCUGCUGCUGAACAGGUGCACGGUCCUGGCCUCCUCCUAUGACACGGCCUGGAAGAAGGUGGACCUGCUGAGGAGGCUGGAAAUCAAUCUGGAUGCUGCCAAGGCCAGCCUGCAGAGGAGCCAGCUGCAUAGCGCCAUGUUCCAGUGGCAGCAUGAGGAUGUUCUCGGGCCCAAUAAUCAGCCACUAGGUGUCAGCGUGGCGCCCCGCCCCGUGAUCCUCAGCAACAUGAAGAAGAAGCUCUACAAGCUGAGCCAGGAUGAAGGCGCCAUCGUAGCCAUUCAGGUCAGUGUCUGCAGCCAUCGACUCCCUGGGUGUCUCACAGUGAUGACAUCACAUCUGAUCCGUAAAACAGGUGAAUCUAACCCGGACUUGUUUCUGAAGGUCACCUUCCUGUGCUCCACCAUCCUGAACUUUGAGGGCCUGCGGACGCGCUCGCCUGAGGCGCUCAGCAUGGACACGGCGCUGUUUGAGCUGCUGAAGCGCUGCCAGCAGACCUGCUCCUACGCCUCCCAGUUCAGCAGCACAGUUUCUCCUCUGGAGCUGCAGCUUCUCCACAGACUGGGUCCGACGGUGGACCUGCCCAUCGGAACCCCCGAUUGGCUGAGCUGUGCCCAGAGGCAGCUGGAGGAGGAGCUGAGUGUGGAGCGGAGGAAGCAGGAGGAGCGGGAGCAGCAGCUGGAGGCCUGCGGAGAGACGCUGCAGCUGCUGAUCGACUCCAUCAAGACCAUCCUCUCCAACCACAACCGCCAGCUGGCCGACGUCAAGCAUCUGCUGAAAGCCAUGGCCAAGGAUGAGGAAGCGGCGCUGGCAGACGGAGAGGAGGUGGCGUACGAAGGCAGCGUCCGCCACUACCUGCUGGAGUACAAAGCCUGGCAGGACAACGUCCAGCUGGUGUUGUUCACGGUGGUCCAGGCCAGUGGGCAGCACCGCAGCCAGGAGCAGCUGGACCUGCUGGAGGAGAUCCCCGCUACCCUGAAGGAGCUGCACGCCCAGAGCCAGAGCGUUUAUAACGGCCUGGUGGGCUUCGCCUCCCCGCUGGUGACGGACCGAGAGGCCGAGUGCUCCAGCCCCGUGUCUUCAGCUCAGACCAGCUUCGCUGCAGCCGUCCGAUGCAGUGCAGCCAAGACGCAGCAGGACUCGAUGUCCCAGAAUGCACGCAGAGUGCUGCCUCGUAACCUGGGAACGCCCACGGACACCCCGCCCAGCAACCUGCUGAUGAGCAGCAAAGGCCUCAACCCGAGUCCAAAGAGGGCCGUACGGGACCCCAAAACAGGCCGAGCUGUGCAGGAGAGGAACUCGUAUGCGGUGAGCGUGUGGAAGAGAGUGAAAGCCAAGCUGGAGGGCAGAGACAUCGAUCCCAGCAGGAGGAUGAGCGUCACUGAGCAGGUGGACUUCGUCAUCAGAGAGGCUACCAACAUGGACAACCUGGCCCAGCUGUACGAGGGCUGGACGGCCUGGGUGUGAGCACCAUGCUACUUCCUGUCUAUGGUCCAGCCAAGGCUUGGAGAUCCACCAGAGUCCUCAGGGACUGGGGAGUCGGAACAGCAGCACCGGGCCACCCGAGGGGGAGGAAAAUGGGAGGCGGAGCCUUCGCCGCCCUCCUUAGCACCCGGGCAUCCAAACCGGGGCAGCGGCCUCGCGGCAUCGCUGCACCACAUUCCCCUGCAACCACCGGCGUUCAGGCUAACGCAACGCUUAGUGAGCCUGCUGACCCCCCCCGCCUUUCAGGGGCGAGGGCGGGCAAAACACCGCCGCCAGGGGGGAGGGGGUGAGGAGGGGAAAGGCCUCCUAACCCUCCUCUUGGAAACACCUUCCCUCCACCUGCAGAGCUCACUCUACCUUGUUUCCCAUAAACGCUUCCAGCGGAGGUUUCUCUGAGGGCGGGGGUG